GUAGACAUUAUUAGUGUGUUGGAAGAGGGCGAAUGAUGUGCUUUCGUCCUUGCUCCAUGUAUAUUGUUUAAAAAAUAGUAAACGUUAGUGGUAGUGAUAUUGUUGUAAAGGCACUGAAUCUUGGAACACCAACAGGUGACGUUGACGCCACGGAAUGUAACAAAUAAUUCAAAUUUGACAGGAUGAAAGUAUGUCUUUCAUAAUGAUGAAGAAGAAGAAAUACAAGUUUCAAGUGCAAUUCGACUUGGAGGAGCUCUGUUCCGUACCAUUUGUGAAUGCCAUUCUCUUCUCAAAGAUUCGACUGCUGGACGGGGGAAACUUUGAGAAACUAUCUUCCAGGGAGGAGGUUCAGGAGCACUCGGUGAGAUGGAACGCAGGCUUCAACUUCUCCUGCAAGAUGAGUGCCAACGCUAGCACCGGCGUGCUCGACUCCUGCACAUGCCGUGUCUCCGUGAGAAAGGAGAUGAAGGGAGGCCGGGCGUUCCAGAAGCUCGGCUACGCGGACGUGAACCUCGCGGAGUUCGCCGGCUGCGGCACCAUCUCGCGGCGCUACCUGCUGGAGGGAUACGACAGCAAGCGUCGGCAGGACAACUCCAUACUGAAGAUCAAAAUCAACAUGACGCUGCUGUCGGGCGACCACUGCUUCAAAAUUGCGAGCGUGAAGCCAGCGCUGCUGCUGCCGGGGGAGCUGCCGGCCGACAUGCUGCAGCAGCUGGAGAUGACGAAGAAGGGAGACGGCACGGACAGCACGGGCGGCUCGGGAAGCAUCGCGUCCGGGAGCAGCGGCUUCGGAAGUCUCCCGAAGAAGGACCGGCCGAGCAUUCUCACGUCAGACCUGGUCCUCGGUCAGAGCCUCACGCUCAGUGAGGAUCCAAGCCCCGGCGCGGGCCACACACGCAACAACAGCUCUCACAGCCACAGCUCGAAGGCAUCCGACUACGGCAGCCUGCGGACGCACAGUCGACAGUCUAGCAUAGACGGUCCCCUGUUGAUGCACCAGCGGAGCCGCAGCGACGUGACAAACGUGAAGAGCGACUCGUUCAGCUCGAUGGAGCGCAGCAAGCUGGCGGCGGCGACGGAGAGGUGGCGGGGUCUGCCGGCGGGGGCGGGGGCGGUGGCGGGGGCGGGGGCG